CAGCUUUUGUUUCAUCGGCUGGGUUGUACAGAAACAUGCAUGUAUAACAGAAGAGUCCUUUUUUUCUAUUCUGUUUACUAGUUUUAUUAAGACUACAUAACCCACAUUUAAAAAGUGUUUACCCCCUUUACCAGAUGCUUAUCCCUAAAUGCCCUCAAACAACUUGAUCUGGUCAUUUUCUUUUUCUCUGUCAAUGCUGUGCCAACUCCUCCAGCUUUACAAAUAUGAUAAGACCAAAGCUGCAAGAACUCUCCCAGCACUAUGGUAAUGGUUAACCAGAUAAUUCAUUUAGGGGUGGGAAAAAAAACAGUCAGAAGUUAUCCGGUCUUAUUUCUGUGCUUUACCGCCUUCAAUGAGUUGGAUUAAUUCAUAGCAGGACUGAGAAUGGAGGAGACAUUGCAACAAGAGAGAGAAGAGUCAGAAAAUAUUAAUCAGAAUGAGGAACAAGGUGGGAUCCGUCGCCGGUUACGGGACAGGGAUCUUCUGAGGAAAAGAAAAGCUGAAGCAGAAGAGAAAGAGACUAACCAGUGGGUUUUAGGGGUGGAGAGCCAGAGGAAAAGACCCAGGGUUGUGAGUGGCACAAAGAGGAGAGGGAGGCCCAAGAAGAGUGAGCUCACGCCGGAGAGACCUAUCAUUCAGGAGGAGGCGACAGGGCCUCAGGAAGCUCCUGCAGUAGUGGUGGUGCCUGAACCGGCUGAGGUCAUCCAAGUUCAAGCACCAGGAUCUCUUCUAGCUGUGGAAUCACAACCUUCAUCUUGCUUUGCUCCCCCUGAUCCUCUACCAGUGUUUGGAGACAUCCAAAAUCCUGUCUUUGGUCCUUCUCCGACUCAUCCAACCCCAGUUAUCCCGACUCCAGCUCUUUUUUCACCUUCACCUCCUGCUCCAGCUCCCUCUAAAAUCCCUGAUAUGGCUCCAAUCCCUGUCCAAGAUUUGACUCCGGUUCCAGAAGCUGUUCCAGUCCCAGUCCCAGCACCAGUCAUAAUCCUAGACCCCUUUCCAGCUGCACAAGAGUCACAAGUGAGGGAGGCCAUUGACCAGAUCCAUGUUGAAGACGUGGGCCCAGAUGAGGAGACAGACAUCCACUCAUCUCAAGACAAAAUAGCUGAGGAAGAUUUGAUUGAGCCAGUGUCCAUCAACGUCCCUGAACAAAACGAAAUGUUCUCAAUUCCCACCUUGUCCUCGACACCUCCUCCACAAAAAUAUUUCCCAUGAAAUGCAUUUUAAUUAUCUAAGACAUACUUUUCAGAUACUUCCUCUGCUCCGACUACAUCAUUUUCGGUCAAAGUUUGUGUUUGAGUAUUGUUUUGGUUAGUGUGCAUCCAUCCUGUUUCAAACACAUUGAGCAUAUUUAUUUUUGGUUUCUGCUUCACUGCGAAGCUCAGGGAUUCUAUUUUGUAUUUUUGCAUUCAAUAAACAACACAUUUUGCCUGCUUUAAAAAAAAGAAGAAGGAUUUGGUAUAAAUCCCUGGUGGUAAUGAUGUUUUUGGAAUUACAGAUUUAUUUGAUAGAAUUUUGUAAAGUUGUUUUCCACCAAAUAAAGUGCAUUCUUACAUCUGA